AUGACGCUGAAUCCUCCUCCGUCGCAGCAAACGCCUCACUCGCCGCGUCAAAUUCCCAAUCGCCGAGUUCUCAUCGUCGGGAACUAUUGCCACGACGUUCUGAUCCAAAACGGAGCCGUCGUGGCUGAAACCCUCGGCGGCGCCGCCUCCUUCAUCUCUAAUGUCCUGGAUUCUUCCUCCGUCUCCUGCGAUCUGGUCUCCAAAGUCGGAUGCGACUUCAGGUACGAGGUUAGCCACGCCCCGAUCGUAGUCCCGGAGAAGGAGACCACAGUUUUCGAGGCGUAUUUCGAUCUGGGCAUCGAUGGGAUCGGGCACGCCGAUCGGGUACUGAAACGGGUCACUGCAUGUGAUCCGAUAUUCCCUUCGGAUAUCCCCGAUUCGAGAUUCGAUUUCGGGAUGGCUGUUGGCGUCGGCGGCGAGAUUCUACCGGAGACGCUGGAGAAGAUGGUGGAGAUCUGCGACGUGGUGGCUGUGGACAUUCAGGCUCUGAUCAGGGUCUUCGAUCCCGUCGACGGAGCCGUGAAGCUCGUGAAUUUGAAAGAGAGUGGGUUCCAUCACAUCCUGCAUAGAAUCGGAUUCUUGAAAGCUUCGUCAGACGAAGCUCUUUUCAUGGACGUUGAGCAAAUGAAGCAACUGUGCUGUGUGGUGGUGACUAAUGGUGAGAAAGGGUGUAGGAUUUAUAACAAGGACGAGGAAACGGUGGUUCCUCCGUUCCUGGCGAAGCAGGUGGAUCCAACCGGCGCCGGAGAUAGCUUCCUCGGAGGUUUGGUGGUCGGGCUUGUAGAGGGUUUGGAUGUUUCUGAUGCUUCAUUGUUGGGGAACCUCUUCGGUUCCAUUACUGUUGAGCACAUUGGUCAGCCCAAGUUCGAUUUGAUGAUGCUUCAGAGAGUGAAGGAUGAGGUACAGAGAAGGAAGAAGCAAUGUAAUCUAUCAAGCAGCCAUAAGAGUGACCACGAAGAGUUCCAUGCGCGUCUAAGUCCAGCUCGGUUUUCGUGCUUUCCCUCUGCCGACUCUCCACUUCAACCAAAGUUACUGGUCAGUGGACACUGUUGUGAGUCUUGUGACCUGUGA